GUGGAGUUGGGCUCUGCUGGUGUUUCCAUGUCAAUCUUCAAUAUCAUAUCGAAGCUCUUCAACAUUCCUCUCCUCAGUGUCGCCACUUCCUUUGUCGCCAAGGAUAUUUCAAAGGCUGCCAUUGAAAAUUUGGCAUCAGGACCAGUUGAAAGGAAGCAAUUAUCUUCAGUGUCGACGGCUUUGCUGUUAGCCGUUGGAAUUGGCAUGUUCGAGGCUCUGGCUUUAUCUUUGGCAUCUGGACCUUUUUUAAGGUUAAUGGGUGUACAGUCUACGUCUGAGAUGUUUGUACCUGCACGCCAGUUUCUUAUGCUCAGGGCACUUGGUCCCCUACCAGCACCACCGCUGCUGCGAUCCACAUCAUCGUUAUUGUUAUCCCUCCCAUCUUCAUCUUCUUGUGUGUUUUUUCCUUAA